GAACAUCUUGCUUGUCUCAUUCCUCGUCAAAUAGUUAAUACGGGCAGAACGCUCUGUAGCACUGUAGCUGGCUCUUUUCUCUUACCUCCUCAUCUUCCACCUCUUUUGUUCCCUCUUUCUCUCUGUCUUGUCUUCUUCGUCGGCUGGAUUUGGGACCUCCUUCAAAGUGUCCCUCCUGUUUUGGCUGUAGCUUUGGAGAGCUUCUCGUGCGGCUUUGCUGGGGUUUUCUUGUGGGGAAGAAAGAUGAGCGCCUCCAAGUUCAUCAAGUGCGUCACGGUUGGAGAUGGAGCUGUGGGCAAGACUUGCAUGCUCAUUUGCUACACCAGCAACAAGUUCCCUACCGAUUACAUACCCACAGUGUUUGAUAACUUCAGUGCAAAUGUGGCUGUGGAUGGGAACAUUGUUAACUUGGGAUUAUGGGAUACUGCAGGUCAGGAAGAUUAUAGCAGGUUGAGGCCAUUGAGCUACAGAGGAGCAGAUGUCUUCGUGUUGGCUUUUUCACUAAUUAGUAGAGCAAGCUAUGAAAAUGUUCUAAAGAAGUGGAUGCCUGAAUUAAGAAGAUUUGCACCAAAUGUUCCGGUUGUUCUUGUCGGAACAAAACUUGAUCUUCGCGAUGACAGAGGAUACGUAGCUGAUAACAUGGGAUACAAUUUUAUUACAACUGCUCAGGGUGAAGAGCUCAGGAAGCAAAUUGGUGCCGCAGCUUAUAUUGAGUGCAGCUCUAAGACUCAACAGAAUGUCAAAGCCAUCUUCGACACUGCAAUCAAGGUGGUGCUUCAGCCUCCUCGGAAGAAGGAAAUGACUAGAACUAAAAGCCACAGGAGGUCGAGCUCUGUGAUAGCGAGUUUUAUGUGCGGAGGCUGUGUCGCUUAAUGCAUAUCUAAUAGGAGAUCGACAUCCUACAAAUGCUUUUUUGGGGACUGCCGAGGAGCUCCGAUUCUUAGAGGUUCAACCUAAGCAUAAUUUAAGUAUAUGCGCUGACUGUGUUUCUUUGUAGCUGCACAUCCUUUGCCGUAGGCCUCAGCUCGAAAUGUCAAUCUAUUAUUACCUUAUUUGAAUCUUGGAGGUUACUGUUGAUUCUUCAUGUGUCUUAGGUUCCAACUGCUGUUCCUAAUGUAAUCUCUAUUAGCAAAGUGUCGAAAAUGUAUCCCGAAAUUCUGAUUGACCGAUAACAUUCGAUCUCUCCAUUGUUUUGGUUCUUCCAAUUUUAUCAGUGUCAACAUAUAUUUUGCGCUU